UGGCGGGGCAGUAUGAGGUGAGCUAGCGGAAGCAGACGAGGCACAAAUCGCAUAGGUUGGAAAGGAUGUUAUUGUCUCUGGCGGCUCCACUGUAGUUAGCCUUCCUCCUCCUCAUCCAAAACUGGAUCAAAUCGAUCAAAAACAAAGGGAAACAGAGGCGAUGUGUUGAGAUCUAACUCGAUACGGAGGCGAACAGGACAGGGUUCCGGAUUAACUCACCACAGCCGUCGCCGUCGCCGAGAACGCAAGCUCCGCCGCCGUUGUCACCCAGAACAAAAAGCACCGCCGCCGCCGCCGGCUCACCGCGGGGAACGAACAGGACGAAGCAACACAGGUUCAGACAGGGAUACCCAUUCGGACAGGCACGGAGACACGUUUCACCUGAUGCACUGACAAGUGGGGCCCGUAACUCGAUGCACUGCCAAGUAGGGCCCGCGCUUACGUGGAUAAAUUAUGGGUCCAGCUCUUAACAGCUAAUGGGGGGCAUCAGUUCGGAUUAAGGGCCAUCUCCCGUCUGGGCCAUUUCCUCGUUCAGAAGUGUCGCAUCAAGGCAAUUCGGACAAAAAACGUCUCAUUCCUCUUAAUUCACCUCAAAGAUGUCGCAUAUGAGCUAUUGACGCUUUCAUUCCAACACAACAGCAAUAUAGGAUACGAGAAUCGGUCUUGGCGUGCGUCCUUUUCCAAUACUCAAUUAGCUAGUGCUGAAGUUGCUAUAAACUUUGUCAUGAUUCAGACAGCGCACCAUGCACAACACGUCACACAAGUUGCUAGUGCUGAAGUUGCUAGACUUUGUCAUGAUUCAGACAGCGCACCAUGCACAACAAGUUGCUAAUGCUCUUCUUAAAAGUCUUGUCUGGUGAUAAGUCAUGCUCGCUUUACCAACUCACCAUUCGUCAAGUUUGUUGAUCGUAAAAUCAAUAAAUAAAUAAAUUAUUUUUCUAUAUGCUGCCGCGCGUGAUAAAGUGAGGUAUGUGCGUGUAAAAGAAAGCACUAAGCCCAAGUGGCGAGGUCUAUUCUUGUCUGCUUUAGACUUUUAAUAAAAUGCCGUGCGUGAGAAUAUUUUUGCAGGUGUGAGCAUGCUGGACGCUCAGCUUGCUUUGCUUGCACAGGUUUAAAAGAAACCCAUCCGUUCCAGCGUUCAAACUUCCAACUCAACUCACAGGCUUCACGGCUGAUACACCUCACAGCUCGGUCGGCCGGCGGCAAAACCAUGCAAGAGAGGCUGCCGUUCCGUGUGAUCCGGCCGAGCAAAGGUGACAGGGUCCUUGGUAAAGCGCUAAGGCUCGCCCCUAUCAUUAUGUUACUGUCGCUGCUGCUGAUUUCUUGUGGAGUCGGCAUCAUCCGCUGCUCCUCGACGACCAUCCAUGGUAACAUCACGGACAUGAUCUCGCUGCUAGAUUUCAAGUGGGCCAUCACUAACGACUCAAGACAAGCCUUGAGAUCUUGGCAUGCCAGCGUCCCUCUUUGCAGUUGGGAGGGCGUCCACUGCAGCUCGGGGCGAGUCACUAAGCUUUACCUCAGCGGACGAGGGUUGUUGGGCCCGAUAUCGCCCUCCCUCGGGAACCUAACGUUCCUUAGGACACUGGACCUGUCCAGAAAUGGCUUCACCGGCGAGUUACCUCCUCUCAACCGUCUCCACAGAUUGGAAUACAUUGACUUGGGAAACAACUUACUGCAAGGGACCAUUCCAGAUACUCUCACAAACUGCUCCACGCUAAGGAUCCUAGACCUAUCUGCCAACUUACUAAUGGGUGAAAUUCCCCUUGGUAUAGGUCGGCUAUCUAAGCUAAGGAAAGUAUGGCUUUCCUCGAAUAAUCUCACCGGAACAAUCCCACCAAGCCUAAGAAACAGCAGUCGGCUUGAAGACAUCGUGCUUACUGAUAAUAAGCUCACGGGAACCAUUCCUGAUGAGAUGGGAGAAUUCACAUCUCUUGUUUAUUUAGGCCUUGGUGUUAACAUGUUAUCAGGUGGAAUCCCAGAAACCCUGUACAAGUACAACCAGUCUUCACUCCAGUAUUUAUACUUAUAUUCCAAUAUGCUAGGGAAAACAGUGCCAUCGAACUUUGGUGACACCCUCCUGAAUCUUCAACAUCUCUGUUUGGACAACAACAAUUUUGAAGGUCAUCUCCCUGCUUCGGUAGGCAAUAUGUCAGGGCUAAGACUGUUAAACUUGUCAUCCAACAAUUUCAUUGGUCAAGUUCCAGGUUCUUUUGGUAAUCUUGUAUUGUUAGAAUACCUAAUUCUUCAGCGAAACAAUUUUUGGGGCUUCCUCCCAACAGAGCUUGGCGGCUUAAAGCAGCUCACCCAUCUGGAUUUGUCUGAUAAUAAUCUGCAAGGUGGUGUGCCAUGAAACAAGAGUAUUCGUUGGAAAUAACAGUUCCGUCUCACUUGGAGACAACAUGGAUUUUUUUUUGAAGGAACAUUGGAUCUGCUCCCAUGUUCUGCCAUCUCACGGAGAGAAGAAGCACAGUAUGGGACUACUCAUAACAAUACCUGGUUUCAUGUCACUCCUUGAUGCAAGGGAGCAGAGGAUGCUCUGCCUCAGGGUCACUAUAUCCUCAAUCGCCUCUCCCAUUUCACACGCCACAGCCACUCUGAAAUAUAAAUAUGGCUGGAGCACACAAAUAUGUAAGAGACGUACAUUUAUCUAUAGCAUGUAGCAUUAACAGAAACAGAUCUAAAUUUUGUGUGCCCUGUACACAUUUACAAAUCUACCAUAUCUUUAUCUGUAUAAUCCACAUAGUCAAUUCAUCAAAUACUUCAAGGAAUGAAACCAGAGCCAUUAAUA